AUGCGAUCUUCGGACAAGCUUCUCGGACGAUUGAAGCUAAUCGUGGGACACUUCAAGACGCGAAAGUAGGUCGGAAUUGAUGUCGAUCUCACGGAUAAAAUCGCGUUGAGAACUUUGAAGGUCACUUUUGCAGUCUUACUCUUGACAAAAGAGGAAAGAAACUACUUUUUAUGUUAUAAUUGGAGGGACGAGGUAUCGAAAACAAAAUAUUAAACUAUUUAUGGAUGUUUUGAUAUUAUAAUUGAUGGGAUUGGACACUUAUGUGUUAGAUAUUAUUGUUGUAAUUUACCCAAUAAUUUUGUUUUUUGUAAAAUACGGUUGGCUUUGAGUGGUAGUAAUUGCUAAUGGUUGUUCAGACAUAUAAUUUUUGUUUAUUUUAUAUUUUGCAGUUCUUGAAGUAAACGACGAUAUUUUGUUCUUCCAACAACAUAAAAAUAUAGAAAAGAUCUUAAUCUUGCCCAGAAGUCUUGUCUUUCGUCUUCGGGGUCUGUCGCAAAAGGUGAAAUUGUUUGUUUUAUUCAAUUUAUCACCAUUAUUGUGUUGUCUUAUCGUAUUUUAUUAUAAUAAUUUAAUUUUAGUGGUCUUAUUGUAGGGUACACAUUCAGAGCCAACGACAGAUAUCAAAAAUGGGUGAUGCCACAUGUAGAUGUAGAAGAUGGGCUUUCAGUCUUCAGAAGGCUAUGUCUGACAAUAAUGUAAGUGGGCUGUUAUGAUGGGUUAUUAAAGCGGUUUUUGUAAGUAUGAAGAUUUUGGCUGGGUUUUAUAAGUAGUGUUAAGACAGGGUUAUGAUAGAUAAGAAGUUAUGUUUUUUAGUUUGAAGCCAACUACCGUAAAGCCAUUCAAUGUGUUGAUGAAGGUGACUACGAAAAGAUUACUGGAUUCCGUCACAAAGAGGACACUUUGGCUUGUUUGGCUGGUCGAUUGUUCUUGAGACGGGCUGUACUUGACGUAAGUUUAAUUCUUGAUGUUUUGGCAAGCUUAGUACUAUUUAAAUUUAUUUAGAUGAUUUUUAAAAUUUUAUACUUAAAUCAACAUUGCAUUAUAAAAAAUUUACACCUUCAGAUGGCUGGCACUCCAUGGUCCGAAAUCGAGAUUCAGCGUACAGAGCGUGGAAAGCCUUUCAUCGUGAAACCAGAGAACUUUAACAUUGGUUUGAACGCUUCUCAUCAAGGUGAUUACACAGUAUUUGCUACCAGCUGUACUGAACAUGUUGGAGUUGAUGUUAUGAGAUUGGAUAUGGCCAGAGGCAACAAAACCGCUGAUCAGUACAUUACAUCGAUGGCCAAGAGCGCAUCAGCUGAUGAGUUGAAGAACAUGCGAACACAGCCGACCGAUGCCAAGAAGAUGACCAUGUUCUACAGGUAUUGGGUGGGUCUUAAGUUAUUUAGAUGUUUUAAAUAGUUCGGUGUCAACUUUAACAUUAAUGUUUUCAGUGUCUAAAGGAAGCUCUGCUCAAAGCGACCGGUCAAGGAAUUGUGGAGGAUUUGAGCCGUUAUGACUUCAGAAUUGAUCCUCAAGAUAGAUAUGGAGGUAGGUAUUACGAUGACUUAUUAAAAACAUGUUUUAGGAAGGUCAACGUUCUUGACUUCAACGUACGUCUUAGAAGAUGGUCGUCGUUUGCCACAAUGGCAUUUUGAGGAAUCUUUUGUUGAUGAUACCCACUCUGCUGCUGUUUGUCGAGACGUAAGUUAUGGAUAUCGCUAUUGUUACUUAUUGAAGGUUUUUCGAAUAUAUGCUAAUAAUAACUUUAAAAAGCUUAAGUUUUCUCUCUUCAAAUAUAUAUAUAAUAGUAAAAAUUGCAAUAUAAAAUAAAAAUUUUUAGAAAAAGAUGCCGAAACACUGCGAGUACACCAAAGACCCAGAGCACAGAAUCUUCUUCCGUCAUGUUGACUUGGACUGGCUGUUGCAAGGCGCUACGGUACUCAACCCUUCACUUAAUGACAUUGAAGAGUACAACAACUUCCAGCAAAAACCUAAGAAAUUAUUCUAA